AUGAGUAACCCGUGGUUGACAGGAUUGGGGGUGUUGCUGUUAUUAUCUGUGGACACACUGCCAGACCUCAAGCCAGCAAUGCACCCUGUGAUUGAGAACCAGCCUUUCAACAUCUUCUGGGCUGCUCCAACCAUCUAUUGCAGAGAUGCUUUCAACGUGAAUAUGGACCUCAAGGUGUUUAACAUUUUAUCCAAUCCUUCAGAGACUCAAAGUGGAUCAACAAUCACCAUAUUCUACCCAAACGAGUUGGGCUAUUACCCUUACUUCUCUCGAGAUGGAGAGCCCUUUAACGGGGGGAUACCACAGAACAUGAGCCUCCCGAGACACCUUAGGAAAGCUGCUGAUGACAUUACAGAGAAGGUUCUGUGGUGGAGAUCGGAAGGGCUUGUGGUUAUUGACUGGGAAAGCUGGAAACCCCAGUGGGAGAGAAACUGGGGCAACAGAAUAAUCUACAAGGAACACUCCUUAGCCUUUGCGAGAGACCGUCAUCCUAACUGGUCAGAAACAGAAAUGGCUAGAAUUGCCCAACUGGAAUUUGAGAGUGCUGGAAGGAAUUUGAUGAAUACGACUCUCACCCUGGCUAGAGAAAUGAGACCCAAACGUUUAUGGGGCUUCUAUCUCUAUCCCGAUUGCUACAAUUACGAUUACAGGGUAAAUUCAGAGAACUACACAGGCAACUGCCCAGACGGCGAGCUACUCCGCAACGAUCAGCUCCUGUGGCUGUGGGAAAGGAGCACCGCCCUUUUUCCUUCCAUAUAUUUGGACAAAAUGCUGAAGUCGAGUGCAAAUGCUUUGAAAUUUGUCCAUUAUCGAGUUAGAGAAGCCAUGAGGGUUGCAGCUCUGACUACACGGGACUACGUCCUGCCCGUGUUUGUCUUUUCCAGGCCGUUUUAUUUACGUAGCAUUGAAACCCUGUCUCAGGAAGACCUAGUGCAUACGAUUGGCGAAAGUGCUGCCUUAGGGGCGGCAGGAGUAAUCCUGUGGGGAGGAGAUGAGUACACUGUCUCGAAGGAGACCUGCUUAUCUGUGAAGCAGUCUGUUCAAGGGCCCUUGGGCCAUUACGCGGUUAACGUGACGUCUGCUGCCCAGUUCUGCAGUGAGACUCUAUGCAACAGUCAUGGGAGAUGUGUCCGCAAAACACCCGAGUCCUCCUCCUACCUGCACAUGCCGGAAAGCAGCCGCAGGAAGUACGUCAUCAGUAAGAGCCUCAGGUUCACCCUUUCUGAAAGCAGUAAGCUGAAGGCGACGACAGCCAUGAAGAAUGGAUUUGUGUGCCACUGCUAUCAUGGCUGGCACGGGGAGUCUUGCCAUCAGCAGCCCACUUCAGAUCUCUCAAAAAGGAAGAACACAGCGUCCAUCACACCCUUCAGUUUACCAACUUUUCUCUGCAUGACUUUACCUGUGAUUCCACUGCAUUUCCUCUAA